AUGUUGUACCUCGGCACCCUUUUCUACAUUGCCGUCCUCCUCAUCAACGCCGUCGCAAUCUUGUCCGAGGACCGCUUCCUCGCCCGCCUCAAUCUAUCUCCAUCAUCAUACGAUCCUGCGUUCGGCACCGGUACCGAUGCAAGCGUAAAGGCAAAGGUGAUCAACCUCAUCGGCAGCGUACGGACACUGAUGCGCGCACCACUGAUAAUCGCGAAUACCAUCAUCAUACUAUAUGAGCUGGCUCUGGGAUGA